AUGGGCUUCUUCACGGGCUUUCUUGGUGGCUUUGCCUUCACAUCCUCCGUCCUCUAUGUCACCAUUCAAGUUCAUCGCUCAACCCGCAUAUCGCAACGCAAAGCCAUCCGCGACGAGGUCGCGCAGAUCGACUGGCUGAAUUCCUCUGCUGGUGCUUAUGACCGACGCUUCCUACCUGAAGAUAUACCCCGGCGCCGGCGCGAAGAGUUGGAAGAACAGAAACGCGCUGAGCCGACUAUGAAGGAGAUCCUCAAGCAUAAGUGGAAUAAGGAAGUCGAGAUCUUGAGCAAAAAGGCUCAUGAAACGAAAUGGGAGGAUGUACGAAAUACUGCUGCAAAUGGUUGGAAAGCUGUUGCACAAGCAGUGAAACGGGAAUGA